AGCCGGGCCUUCCCGCGCUCUCGCGCAUGCGCGUCCCGCGGCCGGCGAGCUGAGGCGAUGGGAGCGGCGGCGGCCGAGGCGGACCGGACCCUCUUCGUGGGCAACCUCGACCCCAAAGCCACCGAGGAGCUGCUCUUCGAGCUCUUCCACCAGGCAGGCCCAGUCAUUAAAGUAAAGAUCCCGAAGGACAGGGAUGGGAAACCCAAGCAGUUUGCAUUUGUGAAUUUCAAACACGAAGAAUCUGUCCCCUAUGGCAUGAGUCUACUUAAUGGGAUCAAACUUUUUGGGAGACCUCUCAAAAUUCAGUUCCGAUCAGGGAGCAGUCAUGCAUCUCAAGACAGCAGUUUGCCUUAUUCCCACCAUGGACCUGCUAAUGGAAACCCCUCCAGUGUACAACAGUUGCCAAUAACUGCCAGCAACAGGUAUGAGAGGAACAUGGAUAACAUGUCCACAGGGUUGCCAACUGUGCAGAGGUCCUUCUCGUCUCCAGAUAACCUCCAGAGACAAGCUGUGAUGAAUAAUGCUAUGUGGCAGCAGCCGCAGUACAGCGGAAGGCACGGCUCCCCGCAUUCAGAGGCCUCCGGUUUUGCUUUGCCAGGACACCAGCAGAGUUACUCCUUUUCCCAGUCGUCGGCCUCAUCAGGGCAGUGGCGCCCAGAGGCGGCAUCAGCGCAGCGCAAGAACAGAGUGAGCUCCCAUCCGUAUCCGGCUGACAGCAGGCAUUACAGCCGGGAGCAGCAGCGGCUUGCUGACCACAGCUCAGAAUAUCAUUUCAGGGGGAGUCGGGACGAGUAUUGCCACGACGAGCGAAACUACGGAGGCUGGAGUCACGAUUACGAUGACCGCAGGGAGAGCUCCCGCGAUGGCAAAUGGCGCCCCUCCCGCCACUAGCGAGUGUCCAGAGUGGAAUUUACAUGACUUUCCCAGGGGGGACAACAUUAGGUGAUUCUUUUCCCUCUCAAGAAUUUUGUUUUUGUUUUUACAGAGACCUUAUAGACAGGUUACCUUUUUUUUAAUUUUUAAAUACUUUUAUAAAAAUCACCUGCAGUAUGUAUUUUGAGCGAAGUGGCUUUGUUUCAAUUGUAUUAACCUUUCCCUCAGGGUUUAGGCAAAAAAGAAAAGAAAAGGGAGUGCCACACCUUUAAACCAACACAAAUCAUUGUAGAUUAUUUUAUAUGGAAAAUGCUGUGCUGCUUUGGUUGUAUUUUAAAAUGGAUGUUGGUAUUUUUGUAGUGUGUUAAUGAGAGAAGCCUCUGAGGUAGAAAUCCCGUGGAAGAGGGCCACAGAGUCGAAGGCUCAGCGGCAUCUUACACUAUUGGUGACAGUGUUUUGCUACUGGAAUAUUUGUAUUAAAGAAAUAGCCAGCCUGUUCAGAGAGAAGAGUGAAACGAAUUUGCUGGAUGGCUUGAUAAUUUGUACCGAAGGAUGUGUUAAUUUUUCCAGCUGCUUUCAUGGAGUACAUUGAUUUUUAUAUUAAGAGAGAGAACACCUGCAGUAUCAUAAAGACAUUUUCAACCAUUUAAGUGAUUAAAACCUCUCAGGAAAUCAUUGCAUGCCUCUGUACAUACCCUUUCUAUAUUUAACAUAAUAAAAAUGGUUUAGAUGGUGAGUUUAGAAAUACAAUCUUUAUUUAGUACAAAGGUAAGUAUUUAUGAGAAUAUAGUAUUGUGAAAUUUCUAGAAUAUUAACAGAAAGCAGCCAUUUAAUUACAAAAUGACUAUUUGGUUUCAGAAUAAAUCUCAAAUCUUGACUAA